GAGGAGCAGCAUCACCUGCACAAGAAAAUGCUAGUAGCUAUUGUCCUAGCCACCAUUUCACUUGCUGCACUCAUUUUCGGUUUCUUAUGUUUCUGGGUUUAUCACACUAAGUGUCCAACAAAAUCCAAAACCAAAAAGGUUCAAACUCCUGGUCCAGAUGCAGAGAGGGGGAUCACCCUUGUACCGUUUCUGAGUAGAUUCAGUUCCAUCAAAAUUGUUGUAUGAAGGAGUCUGUGCCGAUAGUUGAUUAUAAACAAAUAGAAAAAACGACCAAUAAUUUUCAGGAAAGUAACAUCUUGGGCGAGGGUGGUUUUGGACGUGUUUACAAGGCUCGGUUGGAUCAUAAUCUGGAUGUUGCAGUAAAAAAACUACACUGUGAGACUCAACAUGCGGAAAGAGAAUUCGAGAAUGAGGUGAAAUUGUUAAGCAAAAUUUAGCAUCCGAAUAUAAUAUCCUUACUGGGUUGUAGCGCUGAUGGUGACACGAGGUUUAUUGUUGAGUUGAUGCAAAAUGGAUCAUUGGAAGCUCAUUUACAUGGACCUACUCAUGGCUCGGCAUUGACAUGGCACAUGAGGAUGAAGAUUGCUCUUGACACGGCAAGAGGACUAGAAUAUCUGCAUGAGCAUAUCCACAGAGACAUGAAAUCUUCCAAUAUUCUCUUAGAUGCAAACUUCAAUGCCAAGCUGUCUGAUUUUGGUCUUGCCAUAACUGAUGGGUCCCAAAGUAAGAAGAACAUUAAACUAUCGGCUACCUUAGGAUACGUAGCACCGGAGUAUCUUCUAGAUGGUAAAUUGAGUGAUAAAAGUGAUGUGUAUGCUUUUGGGGUUGUGCUAUUGGAGCUUCUGUUAGGAAGGAAGCCGGGGGAAAAACUGGCACCGGACCAAUGCCAGUCUAUUACCACAUGGGCCAUGCCACAGCUCACAGACAGAGCCAAGCUUCCAAACAUUGUGGAUCCAGUGAUUAAGGACUGAUAGGAAACCACAGGAUAAGUAAUAAAAUAAGAGGAAAAGAGAAUAAAGAAAGGAUCAUAGAUCUAAGCAAAAACAGAAGGAAUAACCCUACUGCCCAGAACUAGGCUCCUUAAGAGACCAAAACGGUACUCUCCACUCUAAUUUUGUUCAAAACAGAAUCCCCACCCCCACACACUCCCCUGACACACUGUAAAGUUAAUAACGAAAAGGGAAAUCUUCUAGGAUCCUCCAAUUUCUCUCUCUCUAACUAAUUUUGUCCACCUCAACCUGUUUAUUUUUUUCUCCUAAUAUAAACUUGUCCCAAUUUCCUUUGCUCUUUUGUUUCUUUGUCCAAUAUAUUGUUUGGCCCAACAGAUAUUUGGGUUGUAUCAAUAUAUCGUCCUCUUGAAAGAUAGUCUUGUCCUUAAGACUAAAGGUUGGAAAUUGGACCUUCAUUGACAUCUCAUCCUCCCACAGUGCUUCUUUUGCUGUUUUUCCCAGCCAAUGCACCAGCCAUUGGUUAACCCUUUCUCCCUCCUUGAGUAUGCUUCUAGUAGCCAACACGUUCUCGGGUAACCACAUCUCUGAUUGGUCCUCUUCUAGCCUUGUUGGUAGUCCUUCUGCUGUUUUAUACUCCCCAAUGGCCUUCUUGAGCAACGAAACAUGAAACACAGGGUGUAUUUUUGAAUUGGGUGGUAACUGCAACCGAUAAGAUACUUCUCCAACCCUUUCAAUGACUUCAAAAGGUCUGUAGUACCUUGCACUAAGCUUAGGAUUGAUGCGAGAAAUAACAGAGUGUUGCGUGUGAGGUUUCAGUUUAAGAAACACCAUGUCCCUUAUCUCAAAACUUCUCUUCUUUCGAUGUUUGUUUGCUUGUGCCUUCAUACGAUACUGGGAAUGCACCAAGUGUCCCUUCAACUGACGAAUAGCUUCAUCUCUGUCAAUUAAUUCACGCUGAACUGCCUCUACUUUCACCUCUCCUCUUACAACUGGGAUAAUUCUUGGAGGAGGCCUCCCAUAAACUGCCUCAAAGGGUGUAGUUCCUAUAGAUUCAUGGUAAGUGGUGUUAAACCACAAUUCUUGCGAUACAAAUUAGAUGUGUUUGUUCAUACACUAAUUAUUAAUACACAUUAGACAAUUAUAUAUUCAUUAUCUAUUUAAAUGUGUCUUGCUAUGCACAUUAGACAAGUCUCUUCAUAAACAAUGAAUGAGCAUUAUACACAUUAUAAAAGUUUGUCCAUAUUCUAAUUAGAAGAGUUUAGGAUUAGAUAUUAAACAAAGUUGUCGAUGCACUGAUUAUAUAAGUCUAGUAAUACACAUUAGACCAAUAUAUCCAUACACUAAUUUGUAUUUGUAAUAAAUAUAUUGCAUAGUCUAUUUUUUUUGUAUUUUUAGAGUUUACUCUAUAUUUUUUCACAUGUUACAUCCUUUUAUAUUUUUACCAAAUUUACU